AUGUCAUGGCUGAUAAGUUUUUUGAAUGUGGGGCCCAGGGUAGCUAGUUCCAAUGACAAUUUUUUGCUAUUUGGAGCUAAUUGUAAGGAGGACCACAUGGUUGUUUCUCGUUUUACAGUGAAACUUGCUACAGACAUGGAAAAAAUAGAGAGCAAAUCUUACACAGUAUUGGGUAAGAAUGUCACCUUUUCUUUUGAUCUCCUGCCAGGAGAUAUGAAACUCCUUGCAUAUAUAAAUGGGGAAUUAAGUAAUGCAGCUAAAUAUUUUUCUAGCUUUGCUAAUGUCUCCAAAGAUGACUGUAAUGCACUGAAUGGGAAGUAUGGAGAAUCUCAUGAUUGUAAGUGGAAGCCUUGGCAGUAUGCAGAAAGAAUCAAUGUUGCAAAACAGGUUGAAGAUUUCAAGAAAAAAUACCUAGUCAUUUAG